AUGUACGCUCAAUCAAUCGUCGCCGGAAUCCUCAGCAUUGUUGCCCUUACCAGCGCCGCUCCUCUCACUGCUCGCAGUCAGUCUGGCAGCUACAGCUACAAUAAUGGCACCUCAACCAGGACAGCCCCUCCCAUGAGUACCGGUUCGGGCUCUGGCUCGCCAUACAAUGUUCCAAGCUACGGCAACCAGGGUCAACCUAUUGCCACCAUCAUCCCCGACUUCACCUCCCAAUACACUGUUUCCACUGGUGCCGUGGAUUUUCAUACUAGCCGCGGCCUCGUCUCCCGCACUCACAGUAACAAUGGAAAUGACGUUACCACCUUGGUCACAUUUGAACUUGAUGGGAUGUACAGCGGUAAUCAAUGUCAACUGGUCUUCGACCUGGGCAGUGACCCAACAAGCUACGUUACCGGUACCGGCAAAGCCCAACUUUUCACGACCAUCGCUCCCGCCACAGCCGAUAGCGAGAGCUGGCCCUCGGGCAAUCUGCGAAAUCAAGCUCUCGGCACAAUCGACGUGAAUGCCUACGGGCGCGCAUCCUGGGAAGCCGGUUCCGGACCUGGUGCCACUGUCGAGGGCAAGUUCCCGUGCUCGAUGAUCGCAGGCCAAAUCUACGGUGGAGAGAUUGUCCCCGUCGGGGAUGAGGAUACCAUAUCUUGGACUGCCGGAAAGGGUGAUGGACCCAAGAUUCUCGUCUUCUAA